GGGCCGGCGGCCCUGACUGGGCGGUGAGGGGGCGUCGGAGCGUCGAGGCGGCCGCGGGCGGCCGCGGGUUCGGGAGGCCUUCCCUGCUCCCCCCGCCCGGCUCUCGCGAGGGCUCCCGCCUGGGUGUGGAGUCGGAAGCCAGUUUCCAGACGGCUUUGCCUGCGUCAUGGUUCUCCGCGUUGGCUGCCCGUGAGGAGCGCCUGGCCAGCCCUCCCUCCCCGCCGCUGGCCGCGGACCUGGCCGCCGGCGAUCGGGGUCUGCUUGGGGAGGGUGAGCAGCUCCCUGCAGCCGAGGUUGAGGAGGACUGUCCUGGAUGCACUUAGCCCCCCUCAGCUUGCCCAGCUUGGCGUGCGUCUGCCAUCUUGGGGGUUUGGGAAGACACUUUCCUGUGGCCUCGAGAUGUAGCGGUUUGCGAUUCUCGGGAUUUGAAGAUGGCUGCACAGUCAGCGCCGAAAGUUGUGCUAAAAAGCACCACCAAGAUGUCUCUAAAUGAGCGCUUUACUAAUAUGCUGAAGAACAAACAGCCGAUGCCAGUGAAUAUUCGGGCUUCGAUGCAGCAACAACAGCAGCUAGCCAGUGCCAGAAACAGAAGACUGGCCCAGCAGAUGGAGAAUAGACCCUCUGUCCAGGCAGCAUUAAAACUUAAGCAGACUUUAUAUUCGAGUCCGGAGAGUGGCUGUGGAAGGAUAUGUCCAAGCUGUGGCUGGGCGUCUGGAGGGCGAUGCCAUGCAACUAAGAGCUUAAAGCAGCGCCUGGGUAAGAGUAACAUCCAGGCACGGUUAGGCCGACCCAUAGGGACCCUGGCCAGGGGAGCAAUCGGAGGACGAGGCCUGCCCAUAAUCCAGAGAGGCUUGCCCAGAGGAGGACUACGAGGGGGACGUGCCACCAGAACCCUGCUUAGGGGCGGGAUGUCGCUCCGAGGUCAAAACCUGCUCCGAGGUGGACGAGCCGUAGCUCCCCGAAUGGGCUUAAGAAGAGGUGGUGUUCGAGGUCGUGGAGGUCCUGGGAGAGGGGGCCUAGGGCGUGGAGCUAUGGGUCGUGGCGGAAUCGGUGGUAGAGGUCGGGGUAUGAUAGGUCGGGGAAGAGGGGGCUUUGGAGGCCGAGGCCGAGGCCGUGGACGAGGGAGAGGUGCCCUCACUCGCCCUGUGCUGACCAAGGAGCAGCUGGACAACCAGUUGGAUGCGUACAUGUCAAAAACAAAAGGACACCUGGAUGCCGAGUUGGAUGCUUAUAUGGCACAAACAGAUCCAGAAACCAAUGAUUGAAACCUGCCCGCCCUCCUGUGAGAGACUCUUGUUCAAAAGUCACCACAUCUGUAAAUAACCUUGAAAUAACAGAUGGAGAAGACACCUGAUUGAUGCUGGAAGGACCUAUCACAAUAGGCUAUGGACUUAACUUGCCACCAGUUUGUGCAUUUUAGUGUGUUCCUUUUACUUUUUUGAUACUGUGUUGUAUGAAACCCUUUUUUCCUCUGA